AUGGCGGAAGGGUCGAAACGGCUUCUGGGGCGGUGUCAGCUUUGCCGGCUCCUGCUGUGGGCAGCGGUACUCUUGGUGCAGUCGUGCGGCGCAGAUGGAGUGGUGGUUCCACUUAAAGAUAAUCAAAUGUAUGAAGCAAAUUCCGCUAAGCAGUUUUGCUACACAAACAAGGUGAUCCCCAAAUGGCAUGAUAUAUGGGCCAAAAUUCAGAUCCGAGUAAAUAGCACCAAGAUGAUCCAGGUCAUCCAGGUUGAAAAUGAGGAGAAGCUUAAAGAACUGGAGGGCUUCAACAUAUGGAACUAUAUUGGCUCCGUCUUCAAAGAGAAGCUCAAUGACACCUACAUUACUGUGGGAAUCUACAGUAGUAAAACCUGCUUGAGAGUUAAUGUCCUUGAUCCGGGAUCCAGUUACACAAUCAUUGUUGCUCGAACAUUUGAACCCAAGUUCUUCAUGGUUACAUUUCUGGGCCUUCUGCUGUUUUUCUGUGCUGAAUUGAUGAGCAGAAGCCGGUUUUUCUUCUAUUCAACUGGAAUAAGCAUCGGCAUGCUAAGUUCACUGCUCAUCGUCAUCUACCUAAUGUCCAGAAUGGUGCCCAAGAAAAGUCCCAUCUACCUCAUGCUUGUGGGAGGCUGGUCUUUUUCAGUUUACAUUAUGCAGCUGGUCUUCAGAAACCUGCAGGAGAUCUGCAAAUUGUACUGGGAAUAUCUGCUGGGCUACCUGGUCGUCGUAGGCUGUGCCAGCUUUGCUGUCUGCUACAAAUAUGGUCCCCUGGAGAAUGAACGUAGCAUCAAUCUCCUCACAUGGGGUCUACAGAUCCUUGGCUUGCUGCUUCUCUACUUGGGCAUCCAGAUACGGCAAAUUGCCAUUGCCUUGAUCAUAAUUGCAAUCUGUACUAAAAACCUGGAGUACCCCGUCCUAUGGACCUAUGCCAUCUACAGGAAGGUGGUCGCAAUCACAAAAAAACCCAGCCCUCCACGCCUGCUCACUGAGGAGGAGUACCGGGUGCAAGGGGAGGCAGAGACGCGCAGAGCCCUGGAGGAGUUGCGGGAGUACUGCAACAGCCCGGAGUUCUCUGCAUGGAAAACAGUCUCCCGCAUCCAGUCCCCAAAGAGAUUUGCUGACUUUAUAGAAGGUGCCUCGCAUGUCAUCCCCAAUGAGGUCUCUGUCCAUGAGCAGGAAUAUGGGCUGGGAGGUUCCUUUCUAGAGGAACAGCUCUUUGAAGAGGGAGAUGAAGAGGAAGGUGAGGAGAGAGACUACAGCUUUGAGGAGGAGGAUUCCAUGGACACCUUGAGGCCAAAGUUUCAGCUGAGUUUCCAAGAUAGGGUUGGCUAGCAUUCAUACAAAUGGAUUGAAUGGUGCCCCGUGCUGACCUGGGGUGAGAGUUACAGUUUUGCUGACUUCUUGUUAUAAUGGAGCAUGUGAAUACAAAGCCAGCGGUAUAUGACAUCCGCCUUACAAGGAGUUUUUGCUUGGCAGACUCUGGGAAGGGGUGGGGUACUAUAGGACGUUAAAGCUCCACCAUUCAUUCCAGCCAACGAAUUGAAUGUGAACUGAAAUACACCUGAAGUAGGCCACAGUGUCCUGAGCCAAGUAUCUUGUGGGUUGCAAAACGUCCAGAAUGUAGGGCUGCAGAUUGUGGAUAAGACUAAGCAACGUGAGUGAGGUGGGGUUGUGACGGUCUGCUAGUAAUGGUGAAUUCUUUCCUCUUGGUAAAACAGGCUCUUCAGGAAGGGCUUAAAAGAGCCAGUCUAAUGUCCAGCCCUAGUGUGCAUCGUACCUUGUUCUUUGGAAGCCCAAAGCGCUGUCGGAUCCCAGCUCCCUCCCACAGUCUCCCUUUGUGGCUACUUUGCCCACUCCAGUGCCCCUGUACUUGCUGUUCAUUGAGCAAUACUUCACUUAAGCUAUCAGGCUGGAUCCCUUACUUUUCACAGUUCUAAUUUGAUGGUCCGAAGCUGACCCAAACUCUGCAUGUUUCAGCUGAACCAGAAUUUUGACUGCUUGCAAAUAAGAUGCAACAGCCAUGCUUUUUUCUUCUUUUUUUAAUUUGUAGUUUGGUUGUGUGUGUGUUUUUAGCUAGUAGACUCAUUGAGAGAUGGAGGUUGAUGCUUGUGGAGAGUGAUGAUAUCUCUGGCAACAGGUAAAUAUCUAGGUCUCUCGGAGAUGUCUCUACUAUCCCACAAGUGUGAAUAAAAUUAUUUUUAUUGAUUCACUUUGGGAAGGAGAUUUGCUUCAGCUUGAAAGCCUCCUGCAUAAACUUCUUGGGUUUCCUAUGGAACAGCUUUGAUUUAUCUCUACCCUUUUUGGAUGCCUCAAACUUUGUGAUCCACCGCAAGCCUGCCACUGUGUAGACUUACUUCACAGACAGUCCUCCUUUGCUCUAGCAGUCAUUCAUGUCACUACAAUUUUCCAUGUGAGAUUUCAGUAGCACCUGGACGAAGGUGGAGCAAUCGGGAACUUUUCGGAACAGGUGUUUGUGUGUAUAGCUCUACAAAGCUGCUACUUGGUGCCAGCAAAGUCUGAUGAAAAGUUACUGGUCCUACAAUGGGAUUUAACUUAUGGCUAGUUCCUUUCAAGCAUUUCUUUUCUCUCCUUUGUUGCUGAGAGGUUUGCUGCUGUAGUACUCUAAUAUUGUAUUUUCACGUUCCAGUCUACCUCCCAGCUGUUCAGACUCCCUGCUCAAACUGGUGUCACAGGGAUCUGUUCCAUUAUCAGCAGGAGUUUGGCAGAAACUAGCAGAGAACCUAAAACUGUGAGCAGGACAAACUAUUUGAUCUAUGCAAUGUGUCUUGUUCAAUGUGGGAUAUAAGCCAUGAAGGUUUCUUGGGUAGGUAAUGGAGGGGAGCAUCUCCCAAUACUGGUCAUACUACCUACAGACAUAACUUACGUUUCUUUUUACUGAUUUUUAUUUCCUCUGAGUCAAGUCAGUAUUAAAAAACAAAUAAAUGUAUUUUUGAGAAGGAAUGUA